AUUCAAAUCAAUUUAAAUGUUUAGGAACGUUAGCACCAAGUGUGUGGUCUAAACUGUAUAGUAUAACUCAAAUAUGUUAAUUUAGAGUUCGGGUUAGUCAGGGGCCUAUAAUAUAUUUGCUAAUAUUGAUUUUUAACCGACUUCCAAAAAAGGAGGAGGUUCUCAAUUCGUCGGAAUCUUUUUAAGUAAUAAUUUUCAUCAGAUGGAAAAUGUAAUAAUUUAUAAUUUAUCCAAAAUGCAUAUUUGGAUAUCGUUUGUCUUGGUAGUUACUAUGUGUGCGGCAAACGCAGAUGGUCCUUAUGAAGAAAUUACCGCGUUUGAUUAUCAUAGAAGAUUGGGUAUUCCAACUGCUAUAAGACUGAGAAGAACUGAAGAAGUGAACCUCAUAAUCGAUGCAAUAGGAGCACCAGGUAUUGUUGGAGGAGCCCAAGCAGAUAUUGCGGAAGUUCCUUAUCAGGUCGGACUUGUUAUCUCCCUAUUGUUUCUAUUGAGUUCCGUGUGUGGAGGUUCCCUCAUCUCCAAUAACCGUGUCCUCACCGCAGCUCACUGCUAUUCAGAUGGUAUCUUAAAAGCAAAUACCUUCACCGUCGUCAUGGGUUCUAAUAAGCUGUUCUUUGGAGGCCUUCGCAUCGACACUACGGAUGUUUCAGUCCACCCUGAUUGGAAUCCUACGAAGAUAGAAAAUGAUCUCUGCAUUCUACGUAUACCGAUCGUAGCAUUCACAGAUGUAAUUAAACCAAUCGCUCUGCCUAGUCAUGAAUCCGCAUCGAAUACUUUUGCGGGUUGGACUGCGAUUGCUUCAGGAUACGGAUUCACUAGCGAUAAUUCCAGCAUUCGUACUGGCCAGCUCCUUAGCUCUGUCAAGUUAACCGUCAUCAGCAACGAUGAAUGCGCCGAUUUCUUCGGUUGGGAGUUGAUACAAGACGGCAACAUCUGCACUAGUGGUGUCAACGGCCAAAGCACUUGCCGAGGCGAUUCCGGUGGUCCACUCGCCGUCUACAUCAAGCACGACAGGGUUCUUAUUGGCGUCACAUCUUUUGGCUCUCGAGCUACUUGCGAAUCUGGUUACCCUGCAGCCUAUUCCAGAGUUUCAUACUUCUUACCAUGGAUCACCAGCCAAUAAAUAAU